AUGAGCACAACAGACUUUGACUACUUGUUCAAACUGCUCCUCAUUGGGGACAGUGGUGUCGGUAAGAGCUGUUUAUUGUUGCGUUUUGCGGAAGGUUCGUUUUCGGACUCGUUCAUGUCGACGAUCGGUGUCGACUUUAAGAUCAAGUCGCUGCAGUUCGAGGACGGUAAAGUCGUCAAACUGCAGAUCUGGGACACCGCUGGGCAAGAGCGCUUCCGGACGAUCACCUCGUCCUACUACCGCGGGGCGCACGGCAUCAUCAUCGUCUUUGACGUGACCGACGAAGAGAGCUUUAAGAAUGUUACGUCUUGGAUUUCUGAGAUUGAAAACUACGCGAGCGAAUCGGUCUGCAAGCUUCUCGUGGGGAAUAAGACGGACCUGACGGAGCAGAGGGUUGUCACCCGCCAGCAGGCCGAGGAGCUUGCGCAAAGACUGGGCAUUCCGUACAUUGAGACAAGCGCAAAGACGGCGGAUCACGUGGAGGAAGCGUUUGUCAUGAUGACGAAAGAGAUCCGAAACCGCACAGGGAACCUGGCACUCGCCAAAGGCAGUGGUGCUGGAACCAGCCGCUCUGGUGUGGAUGUGCGGGCCGAAACCGAGCAGGUCAGCCAAAGCGGCGGUUGCUGUUGA